AUGGCUCUACUAGAACCUAUUUCGGCUGGCUCGCAACACCAUGCUGAUAUUAAUAAAGCCUAUUUAACCGACGAUAGCGGAUUAGAGAAACCAUCACUACUAGAUAUUAUCGUUACACCACCGAAUGAAGACGACAGUAGAGGCAAUGUGAAUACUGUGACGAAAAAUUCGCUGAGGAAAUCCGCUUUAAUAUCAUCACCUUCUAUCGAGUUCACUAUUGGAGAUAGUCCACCUAAUAUCGAUGGUUAUUUAGGUGUACCAUCCUAUGAAUACGAUGGAGUAUCAUCGAGUGACUACGAUGAUCCAGUGGAUGAAACAUCCAACGUUUCAAGACGAUUUCGAAGUAGAUCGUAUAGUUUUAGUGCUAGAGGCAUCGACGACGACGACCCUGGUCAUAAAUGGAAUUACAUGAGAGAACGCGCAAGGGAUAAAUUGCAUCCAUCAAGAAGUACACAAGAGCUGGAUAAAACGUUGCAACCGCCACUGCGCAGGUGUAGAUCGAAAUCUGUCUUUGGCAGUAUAAGUAAUAAUGUUACCUUCACGCUGCCUUAUAAUGUGCGAAAGCGAUUAAGCUUUAGCGAGCUAACGCGAGAAAGGAGUGAUAAAACUCGACUAGGCAGUGGUUAUCAAUCUCAUUAUUUCAAAGGCAUGGAGCAAAGUGGCUACGACUUGGUUGUACCCGUCAUUGAUCCCGUCAAGAAAGGUAAAUUAAAAAUUCGCUCCAAUUCGGCUAUUGUGAUGACUGCAUACGAUAAAAAGUUGAUUACUAUGGCACAAGAAAGAGCCCGAGGCAACAGUUUCAGAAAAUCCAACGGUAAUAAUCAGCAAAGUAAUAAUAGAAGCGAUAUCAACUCAUCAGAAACAACUACAAUCAAUAAUCAAGCGCCAACUUCACGUGCUACUGACAUGGAAGUUGCUACAAAGUCAAAGAUCAAUAACAACAAUAAUAAGCUUUAUCAAAAUCAAUCCAAUGAUGUGGACGUAAAGCCGACAGCAUCAUUUAAAGUGAUACAACCGCUGAGUAAUAAUACUGCUAAUGGUCAAUCAUCAAUCAUUGAUUCUUCAAUGGAGCGACCACAUACACCUACAUCUGCCUUUCGAAGUUAUCGUCUUCGUGGAUCAACAUAUACAUCGCUAUCGCAAGAUCUUCCUGACGACAAAAGUGAAGACGGCAAUAAUAGCAAUAACAGCAAUAAUAGCAAUAAUAGCAAUAAUAGCUCUAUCAUUGAAGAAAGUAAAGCUAACAGUUACCGCUCAGAUAAAAACGAUGCCAUUAAAGUCAGAAUGGAUCGCAGCCGUGACAAUUCCUUCGAUGGAUUGCCCAUUGAUCAUCAUGAAAAGUCCAACGUCGAUGCAAACUUUUCACCACGAUCGCCUAAUCGUUAUUCUAAUGGUAAAUUAUUACCUGCUUCCAGUGAAGUAAUGACCAAUGGAAGCCAAACAAAUGGCGAUCAGCGAAACACUCAAACUGAUAUGGUAUUAAGUUCUAGUCAGGAAUCAUUUUCCAAUGAGUCAUUUCACUUUCAAGUGAGGCAACAAUUAAAAGAAAUUACCACUAAUUUAACUAGCUCUGUUUUAAUUCAAUAUGUGCCAAAUCCGUACGACAUGUAA